UUUGUACAUUGAGGGCGCAUAUUUUAAAUGGUGACCUAGUCAGGCUAUAUAGCUGCAAGCACUUUCACUGGUUGAAUAUCCUUAUUAUUAAAUAGGUUUGUUGGGAUAUGGGAGGUGUAGUUUGUUCUGUCAUUUCUUUUGCAUAACCAAAAUUUUUCAGUUGCACUAUUUCCUACUUCGUUUCGUUAAACGAAUAUGUCAUUGAUACUCAUCUGCACACAACUGACGUGAAACUUACAUUUAAUAAAGGUAGAUUGCUAGCUCCAGUGAGACUUGUUUUAUCGCUGAGCUUACAGAUGGCUUCAUCGCUCACCAUCUUGAUUUUAGAAUUCUGAGGCAUAUGCUUAGUAUUAGACGUAUUGAUACUAUUUAGCUAAAUGUUCGUGGUCCUAAAGUGAAAUGAAUAAUGGCAAGUUCGAACUUGUAAUGGAUGUACUGGAUUCGAGUUUGUAUUGACAGCUAUUAGUCACAUAAAAUCUGAGUUAACUUGAUAUAUUUUAGUUCUUCAGUGGAUCGUUCGCAUCCGUCUAGUGCCUUACGUCUCUCUGAUGACAAGUAUAUUCAUAGUGUCAAUGGAAAAUCAAAUAUGUCCUCAUAAGGCUUUUCUUUAAUGGACCACGCAACUAAACAUUAUAAGUAAAAGGUACAAAUUGAUAAUGUGAUUAUAGAUGUAUUAGUUGUGAUGAAAAUAGUAAAGGCUUGAAUCAAUGUCUUAUAACAGGAAGUAGUAGAUCAAAGACUUGGAAAAAUAGACAUUGAAAUGAAAUUCAUUAAAAACCAACAAGAUUACCAAAUAAGAAGCGUCCAAACAAUUAGACUGAAGAGUAUAUUCAAAUAAGGGAUGAAGAAGAACAAACUCGGAAAGAGUAUGGAAAAUGAUGAGUGAAAUCACUUGUGAAGCCUAGUUGGGCCAAAGAAAAGAUAAGGGUGUUAAAAAUUUCUUAUGAUUACCGAGACGGGUUAUUGGUUGGGAUCACUAUAGUUAUUGUUACCUGUAAGAGACGUGGUUGAAUCCCAUAAAGAAAAGUGGUAGGUGUAAGACAAAUUACUCUGGAUGAUUUAGUUUUAUCUAUUACAUGACCACUGUUGACCAGGAGUGGUAGAACAAAGAUUACUUAUUGUUGUAAUCAUACUCUUUUCCAAUCACGAACGUAACUGUUCUCUAACUCGUUAACUAAGGUCGACUCUUUGAACGUGCACCUCGUCUCAUCUUAAUAAGUACGGUGAUAGCACAAAAGUUACCCACAGGAGGUCGUGUGUUGCUGGACUCAAGCAGUUUUCUCUUGGGUACUGUGGUCACGUUGUUAGGUCACUAAGACCAACUCUAACCCAAUUAUUUUUUCAGGUACCUCUAGAAUAACCCUUACGCUGUGUGGGCAACCGGGAAAUGAAAACUGCCCUCAGAUUGCCAACCACACUCAAGAGCACCCUAUUUGAUUUCUUCAAAAAACUUCGCCGGUAACUGAUACAGUCAAUAUAUUGCGAAUAAACUGUAGUUACUUAUUUAUGAUCUUUAUCGAGCAGAUUUUUCUGGCUCUAUUUGCGAAGUGUCUUAUUAGGUUAGGUUUCUCUUGUAACAAAUAGGUAAAAAGCUCAAGAUAUGUGUGCGAAUGGUUUAUUUUGUUGUUUUGUCACAUGGAGUACGCUAAUCGAGAUAUAGAAAGUAUCCAUCUGUUCAGAUCUAGGUGCGUCCCACUUUUAUGUUCAUAAACAAAAACCAUUCUAGACCGUUAUAUGUAUCGGUAGCCACCAUAACAUGAAGUCGCUAUAGUUUUUAACAUUUCACGCUUUAUUCAAUCCAGUACUUCGGAAGAUUUAUUUAAACCACCAUCUAGUUUAAAAAUAAAGAUCCCAGUUCAAUAUCUUCCUGUUUGUGUUCGUUCACUUGCUUAAAAUAUCUAAUCGCGAACAAGUGGAUCUUAAGUAUUUUUAUGUAGGAGGAUGGAGAGUUUUGGAUGUGUAAACUCAGUACUCCGAAAUAUUUUACUACUGAAAACGCAAAUUUAUAGAGUAGGUAAUGCAUGAAAUUUUUAGAACGAACUUUUUCCAACCUUCAUUUGUGAAAAGACAGUAUCUAUGUAGAUGCUCGUUAUCUGUAAGAAGUACUUUAAUGCGGUCGUACCUUAGCGCAGUAGGCAAUACGACUUCGCCUUCGGGCCUUGAGUUUCUAAUUUUAGUCCUACCCUUUUUCUAGCCGACCUGCCUAACGUGGUUGGACCUAAAGAGCCAAAAGUCCCACUCAAUACAUCUCGAUUGGGUCAUUAUGAUAGGCAAGCCCAACCGCCAAGUAAAGUUAGUAGUGACUUUGGAUUUGACUGAUGGACCGAGAAAUCUUGCAAAUGAAAUGGUCCAUUACCAUAUACAUUAGUUUUACGCCCACGGUUUCUAGUGUUUCUGUACAGAUUUUUCUAUUUAAAGCCCUCAAAUGCCCUGGUAUGACCGAGGGUGGGGUGGGGUGGGCCCGCCCACCUAUCGAAAUGCUCUCACAAGCCACGCGUAUACAGCCUCUGUCAGGGGAGUCCUACUCACUGCCUUCUCGUGGCGGGGGUGUUGUUUACGAAAAUGAGAGGAUGAAGAGCGAAUGUCCGGCGCUUUAACCGGAUCCCAAACCAAUGGUGCACAUGGGCUCCAGUAUCCUGAAGGAACAAAUGGCGUAUGAACUAAUCGUUGGUCACCGGGUACCAUGGGACUGCAUCUCCUCAUGAUGCUCCACUGCCUUGUGGGUUAGACCUUUAGGUUAAAGGCUCGGGGUGUGGCCCCCUAAGAAAACCACCUGCUUCGGUCUGGGCAGCUUGGCAGUAUCACAGCCCACACACACAAAUAUGGUGUGGCGCAUAUAUAUUUGGUGCCCUCUUCUACCAAUAUCUGUGUUCAAGUAAAUAGUAAAAGUAGUUUCUAUUUAAAGCUCUAUUACUUGUUAUCCGGUGUUUUGGACAAACUUCAUUUCAUAUUUCAUGGUUUAACAUUUUUAGUUUAUCUUGAAAAAUUUACUGACUAUAUAGUUGGAUAUCUAUUAGUUUAAGGCAAUCCCAUUUAAAUUCUUAAGUUAUCCACAUGAGUUGCCGAAGCUUUUCCUGUGCAUUUGAGAAAAAAGCCAAAACGAUGCAUAUUAAAGGAACUUAUUAAACAUCCACUUUGAUGCUAACCUUUCGUAAACCCAUUACCUUCCCCAUCUCUUUAUCUACUAACUUUUUUAUGUCCGUAUGGUCCUUCCGAAUACGUUUGACCUCAACAUAAAUAUUAUACCCUAUCACUACUCAACCAGUUUUCACUGCUACUAAUUUUCAUUUAUCUUGUUGAAUAUUCAGACUAUCAAUAGCAUGUUCUUAGUUUCUCAAUAAAGAUAACAUUUUCGUGCUAUUUUUAUUUUACCUCUUUGUUAUUAUGUUCAAAAAGUUAUUGUCGUUAUUAUUACAAUAAUUACUAUAACAGACGUAUUAGUGCUUAUCGUUUUGGAAAAGUAUUUGUAACUGUACAGCCUUGAAAAGGAAGUCGCCAAAAAGAGAACUCUUUGCUUAUCUAAUCUUUCUUGAUUUAUAUCUCAAUGGUGGUAUUGUGUUAAUUUUGAACUUCGCUAAUUAACUCUUUGUAUUUUAAGUAGAUUAACUAGGAUUUAGUUGCAACGGUGUAAAUGUUUUCAUUCCUUAUUUAUCUACAAAUCUUAAGUUUUGAUAUUCAUGCUUUUCAUUUAGUCUCUUUGAUUCAUUGCUUUCACUACCGUUCAUAUCAUUAUUUGUAUUUGUUCGUUUUUCAUAUCGUUCGUUUCCUAGCACUAUGCUAAUACAUUAUUACAAUUUUACACAGCGUUAUGUUCUAGGCUGUUUACUACUGGGUUAAAAUAAAUGUUUACCGUUUGUCUAAUUCUCAUGUAACCCAUCUGGGAAGUAUAGGUUUAUAUUCCCAAGUCACGUUAUGUAAUAGUUAUGCUCCCCAGAUACCCAGACCGUAGUAGAUGAUAGAGAGAUUAAAAUUGUAGCCUACUGUUUGAAAGCCAUAUUUAGUAAGUCACUACUACUUCAUUUGAUUACACACAGAUAUGAAGAUUGGUGCAGUCUAACGAUAAAUUUCAUCAGAAAGAUUCAUACACAUUAUUUUUGUUCAUUAUAAUUAAUCGAAUUUAACUAUUUAGAUUUGUUUUGUUUCAAGGUAUGUUACCACCAAAUGACUUAUUGCAACUAACGGAUGAGGAUGUAAAAACAUUAAAGAAGUGCAGACAAAUCUCAUUUUGGAGAGGCAGUCUCCCAUUCUCCAUCGGUGCUCUUUUAGCUGUUAGUGCUGCUGAUAAAUAUGGAUGGUUUUCAAAGCGUAAGAUGUUUCGUUUUCCAUCUUACUUUUUCGGAGUUACCAUUGGUUAUUUCGUUGGGCAAUUCAGUUGCGCAGGAGAAUGUAGACGUAUGUUUCUCCAGCUUAACAAUAGUCGAAUCAAAGAACAGAUUCUUAGAAUGGAAACUCCCGGAACAUUUCAACCUACUCCUGAUUCACCUAUACUUGUAAAUACACCUGUAGAAAAACAUCCACCUAUGAAUUAUGAACAACGUAGACAGUUUUAUAAUAAGCAACGUGAACAAUCUACAUCUCCGUACCCCAGUUCCAAACCACCGACAACGAUUGAAGAAGAGGAUACAACAUCCGAUCAAACAAACUCAAGUCUAUCGUACUUUGAUAAUGAUAGACCAAUUAGUUCAUUUUAUUAUGAUAAUGAUGUCUAUCGACCUAAAGAGGAAUAAUUUGGUAACAUAAAGAGAAAUAUGUAUUUUGUGAAACAAACUGUUGUACGAAUAGUAAUAUAUUUAGUUGCUCUUAUUUAAUUUUUUUUAGAUUUUCCUUCACAUUCGGAGAUAUUUUUUGAUUAGUAGCAUAUAUACAGAUAAUAAUUAAUUUAUCUAUUCAUUUAUCCACUCAAUUAUCCUUGUUCAGUGCAGAUUUCAUAACUAAUUGUAAAUACACGUUUUGUGCGGA